AUGAAAAUGAAUAAUCACUUAAGGAGACUUUAUUGGUUUUUCAUCAUAGUUUUCUUAACAUUUACAAUUACUUUCAUCGAUGGCUCGUUUUUAUUACCAGAGGGCGAUGCUCCAACAACGGCGCCGAAAUUCUUAUCUAGAGGUCACCUUUACAAAGUUAUAGUUGGAGAGACUAUAGAACUGCCUUGUAAAGUUCAAAAUCUGGGAUCAUUUGUGUUAUUAUGGCGAAAAGGCUCCUCAGUACUUACAGCUGGCCAUUUAAAAAUCUCUAGAGAUCAACGCUUUAAAAUCGUCGGUGACUAUAAUUUGCAGAUCAAUGGAGUUAAAACUCAAGAUGCUGGAGAUUACAUCUGUCAGCUUGGAGAUCAAGAAAAUCGCGAUCAAGUUCAUACCGUUGAAAUUUUAGUGCCACCAACAUUAAGAGCUCUGCCCCAUAAUGGACAGGUGACUGCAAGGAAAGGUAGCACUGUUACUUUAGAAUGCAAAGCUUCUGGAAAUCCUGUGCCAACAAUAUACUGGUUCAAGAAAGAUGUAUUUUCUGGACCCACCCAUUUAUCGGACAGCUCCACCUUGAUAUUGGAAAAUGUCGAUAGACAUCACGCUGGUGUAUACCAAUGUUCGGCUGACAAUGGUGUUAAGGAACGUGUAUCGAUGGACAUACAAUUAACAAUACUGUCUCCCCCUGAAAUAACUGUCGAAAAGUCGUGGGUUCAUGCUGCAGAAGGAUAUGAUGUUGAACUCGUCUGCAUUGUUCAUGGAGACGUGAACUCUGAGAUGCUAUGGUACCAAAACUCGUUUCUAUUGGAUCCCACUGAUCGGCGUUCCAUGUAUCCGCGUGAUGAUAGAUACAGUCUUAUUAUACGUAAUUUCCAACCAACUGAUUUCGGCAACUAUAGUUGUGUGGCUGACAAUGCUCUGGGAAGGACAAAGAAAUACAUUGAAGUGUCUGGACGACCUGGCCCAGCUGAUUUCAUUUCACCAGCUUUAAGUGGAUUUCUCGAUCAUUACAAUUUAACAUGGACAAUCGAAUCCAUACCGCCUUUGGACGAAAUCAAACUCCUCUACAGACGACUAUUGAUGAACGAGACUUAUCAACAUCCAGGCAAAUGGCAUGAAUACCAUAUUAAGCCAACUCCAAUAAGGACCGAUGGCACCCAUUAUCUAAUGUCCUAUGUAGUGAAAAAUUUGGAGCACAAUGCAGUGUAUGAAGCAAUUGUUCAAGCUAAAAAUAAAUAUGGCUGGAAUGAGAUCAGUGACAUUCAUCAGUUUUAUACACGAAACCAUGAUCUUCUUCUUGAUAUCGAUAUGGAAUACAAAAUGGGAAUAUCGAAUAGCAAUAGAAUAUCAACAUCGGUCGGUGCAAUAGUUUUAACUAAUUUUUUGUUAUUAAUUUAUCAAGUUAUCAAUAUAUAAGAAAUAGUUUAUCCAA